AUGUCGUAUACACCCCAGCCAAAUGCGGCAUACUACUCAUCAMCUCCUCCUCCACCGCCGCCCAAGCCGUCGACGCCGUCAAGGGGACCUCCGCUCCCUCCACCUCCCGGACAGCAUACUGAACCGUCGGAGCUAGAUGGCGGACAGAGCUAUCACGGCCAGCGGAAUGCAUUAGUACAGCCAUCGAUUCCCGCAAUCGAAAGCAACUGGCUUCCCGACWCUGUCAAAGAUAAAUCAACGCAAGAUCUUCAACACAUACUCUCCACUCCAGCUCUACAAUCCGCGUUGCUGUCCAAUCCUUCAACAGCUCAUCCUGCAAUAGCCGCAUCGGAGAGCUAUUUGACGCCUCUCAUCAACUCCAACAUCUCUCUGGCCAACGCAACCUUGGAACAGGAAGCCCGUUUGAGAAAUCUCCGCGAAAGGACUCAAUCGCGGUUGCUUGCUCUACGUGCGUUGGAGCAGCAGCACCGAUCGAAGAUGAGUGAGACUGAGCAGGCAUUGCGCGAGUUCAGUCCCAUGGCUUUGUACCAACGACUUAAUGCGAGCGUGCAGGAACAGGAGUUGCUGGUGAGGGGUAUAGAGGAGAGUUGGCUAGAGGAUGAAGGUGUGGCCAGUGAGAGGGAAGUGGGCGACUUCGUAAGGCGGGUGAAGGAGGCGAGAAAGGUCGCUUUCUUGAGGCGAGAGAGGAAGGGUCGGUGGGACGAGGGGAGAGUUGGUGGAUGGAGGUGA